AUGGGCCGGCUCGCAUUGUUGUUGCCAUUUAGUCGUCUAUGCAUUCGUCUGCAGGAGGGGCGGAGGUUCGGCUUCUGUCUGGGUGAUGACUGUUACUCCCUUUCUGGCGGGUCGGGUAGGUCCAACGGUCUCCCAUCUGCCAAUGACGAGAGUUCUGAGGAUGAUACCUAUGCGAGGUGUGCUCGGGAGUUGGACCUCGCGUCGAAAAUCACUGCCUUGUCUUGGCCCCAUAGCAGUAGACAACCUGACAACCUGGAACCGCAGGUAGUGUGCGUGUCAUCUAUCUCACGAAAGGUGUGGAAGGAAGUGCUGGUGUCGUCGGUCAUGACCCCUCAAGCGACCUCUCUUACCAACUACUUGUUCACGACAACAUUUGCCCUUACUUCCGCAAUAUGCGACACCCUCCCGAGCGAACAGCAGCAGCAUCUCCCCGUGAUGGAUGACCCUGCCGACGACGAUGAUGGUUGUCGGAGCGGUCAAUGCCAUAUCUUAUCAGAUUCUCAAAAUCACGGGGCUGUCACUGAAGUACAUGAAGAGGGGCAUGAGCCUCCCGUCCGGCCGUGGCUCGCAUAUCGGCUUCCACCGCGUACCUCAUCGUCCCCAAUUUCUCGGCGCCAAUUCUACCAGGAGCCUCCCGUCCCGCCCCGCCGACCGAAUAGCGGGGUUCGCACCGUCACACUGGACUCACGGGCGCUCAUCGCAGAUUGGUCCGCCGUCUGGCUGUUAGCACAAGGCAGGUACGUUAAUUACCUGAUUCAAUCGAAUCAUUACGCCUUUUUUCUGCUUAUCGCGCCCCGCGCCGUCACUGCCCGCUGGCCGCCGGCCGCCAUCAACCCCUCCAAACCCCUCCAAUGCGGCCGUCAGCUGUGGCCGCCCGACCUCGGAACUGGCCGCUCGGCGUAG